GGGACGGCGGGGACCGCGGGGACGGCGGACAGCGCGGUGCACUGCGCGCCCCCCGCCCUGCCCGCGCCCCCAGCCGCACGAUGCAGGCCACGGACCCCGCGGCCGAGCUCUGCGAGGAGGACGGCGGAGACCCGGACUUCUACGACUUCGAGCCGCUCCCCACUCUCCCGGAGGACGAGGAGAACGUGUCUCUGGCCGACAUCCUCUCCCUGCGGGACAGCGGCCUCAGCGAGCAGGAGGCCUGGGCCGUGUGCCUGGAGUGCAGCCUGUCCAUGCGCAGCGUGGCGCACGCCGCCAUCUUCCAGACGCUGUGCAUCACGCCCGACACCCUGGCCUUCAACACCAGCGGGAACGUGUGCUUCAUGGAGCAGCUCAGCGAUGACCCCGAGGGCGCCUUUGUCCCCCCGGAGUUCGAUGUGACCGGAAACACUUUUGAGGCUCACAUCUACUCCCUGGGGGCCACGCUGAAGGUGGCCCUGGAGUACGUGGCAGAGCCCACGCUGGAGCCCAGGCUGAGCCGGGACCUGGAGGCGCUGCUGGGUCAGAUGCAGGCGGAGGACCCUGGGGACCGGCCUGACCUGGAGAGCAUCAUAGCGCUGUGCAAGGAGAAGAUGCAGCUGACGUCCUCCUGCCGCCUGUGCCGCAGCCUCUCGGCCGUGGGGAGGAGGGUGCUCUCCAUUGAGUCCUUCGGAGCAUUGCAGGAUGUCGGGGAGACCACCUGGAGGGAGAAACCUGCUCCAAGAAGCGCAGGGCCCAGGAGGCCGCCCGGAGACCGCGGCGCUGACCCAGAGCCCCCGCCCCAGCACCGCCCCCCUGCAGGCCCAGAGCCGGAGACCAGCCCCAGGCCCUCGCCGCCCAAGCCCCUGCUGUCCCCCUCCAUGAGGAACGGGGAGGGCCACACCCGGGGGGGGCUGGCCGGCCUCUUCCUGGACAGCAGGGGCCCCCUGGGCGAGCUGGACAGAGACCUCCUGCGGAGGGGCCAGCUGAGGAAAGUGCAGACCUUCCCCAGGCUCCUGCCCGAUGGGCCCGAAGCCAGCGCCCUCCCCCUGCCGCUGGCCAGCUCGAAAACCCGGCUGCUGGCGUCUGAACUCUUCCCUCCCGACCCCAGGAAGGUCUUUCCGGAUGGGGAAAAUGGCCCUUCCAGCUCCAAGGCGCAGCCCAGAUGCAGACUGUGGCCGGAGCGGGAGCCCACGCCCCGGCUGGGAGGGGCUCCCUGCGCAGGCCUCAGUGGGGCCGGGGGCCCCGGGGCACCCAAGGCUUCACGCCCCGGCCAGGCGCCGGCAGAAGAGAGACCCCCGCCCUGUCCCGCAGACCCUGGAGAGGCAGCCCCUGAAGGCCGGACACCCGGAAGUGACGAGGAGAUUCCGGAAGGAGCCGGGCAGCCAGCAGGUGCAGCUGUGGAGCAGCCGGUGUCCCUGCAGGACCUGCUGUCCAGGCUGGGCCGGCCCCUCCGGGAGUGCGAGCUGUGGGCGCUCUGCCUCGCCCUCCUGCACGCCCUGCGGACGCUCCCCGAGCACCCAGCCGACCUGCGUCUGGACUCUGUGCUGGUGGCUGAGGACGGCGCUGUGCUCCUCAAGCCGCCCCCUGCCGAUGGCCCUCACGACUCGCUCUUCCUGGCUCCCGAGGUGGCAGAGGAACGGCUGGUGACGGAGAAGGCCUCCGUGUACUGUGUAGCCGCCGUCCUGUGGACAGCAGCCAAGUUCAGUGUCCCCCGAGACCACAAGCUGGCCCUGCCGCGCAGGCUCAAGACCCUCCUCCUAGACAUGGCCCGGCGCAGCGCCCUGGAGCGGCCGUCCGUGGCAGAGGCCAUCAAGGUGUGCGGCAGUUACCUGCUCCAGCGGGGAAUGGACAGCAGGAAGGUCCUGGCCCACCUGCGGGUGUCCACCUGCGAGGUUUGCCGGGAGGAGCAGAGCAUCGGUCUCCAGGCUUUCUCGGUAGCUGAGCUGAAGCCCAGCGCGGUGCCCGCUCCGGAGCCCGGCCCAGGCUGCGCACCGGUCAGCAGUGACACCAGACUUGUGGCCGUGCCAGGGCCCGUGCCCAGCCAUCCCCCCAGGUACAAAGAAGCCACCCAGCUGCCAGCCGCCUUCUCCUCUGCGGCCACUCACUUUAGGCCCAUUGUCCUCCCACAGGACACAAGUGUCACCAGGGACCAGCUUGCCGUGAGCCUGGGGCCGGAAGAGAGAGGGCAGGAAGGGAACAGCCCGGUGGAGGGUGGCGCAGAGGGGGGGCACUGCCCCGAGGCCCCCACCGGAGACAGCCUGGAGGCGCCUGGCCCAGGGCCCCAGGGAGCAGCCCUAGAACCUCUCGGGGAGCCGGUGCUUCCGGACUGGGCCCAGGGGUGCCCCCACCCCCUGGGCCCCGAGAACCAGCUGGAGGGGGCCUCACUGGUGACUCCUGGCUCCGCUGCCCCCACCCUGCCCCUGAAGCCAUCCGUGCCACCCCCACAGCAAGGGAUUGAUGGGCAGAUCCCACCUGGACCCAUUUCUGGGGGCCUCGGGCCCUGCCCCCCAGGGCCCACAGCGGCCAGCCUCGGCCCCCGCCACCCCCUCAAGCCACCCCGGAGCAAGGCCACCGAUCACCCGGGCCAGGAGCCAGAGGGCCCCCAACCAGCCUCUCAGGGCCCCUCCCCGGCCGGGGGGCGCACAGACAGCCCCAGGGGCUCUCCCGGCAGAGAGCGUGGUGACGUUGGAGGGCGUGGUGACAGUGUCCCCGAGAGGCCCCAGCCAGCAGAGCACAAGCUCUGCCUGCCCGGCGUGGACGCCUCGCCCCUUGCGAAGAGGGCGGCCUGCCCGUCCCUGCAGGAGGCCACGCGCCUCAUCCAGGAGGAGUUCGCCUUCGACGGCUACCUCGACAAUGGGCUGGAGGCCCUGAUCAUGGGGGAGUACAUCCUCGCCUUGAGGGACCUCACCUUUGCCACCUUCUGCGGCGCCAUCUCCGAGAAGUUCUGCGACCUCUACUGGGACGAGAAGUUGCUGCAGAACCUCUUCAGCGUGGUGAACGGGCGGACCCCGCCCUCCCAGAGCGCUUCCGAGGACGCCGGGCCGCAGCCUGAGCGCAGGCUGAGCAGCUGCUCACUGUCCGGCCAGAGGCCGUUGCUGCCAGGCCAGGGAAAGGAAAAGCCGGCCGCGGCCAGGACCAGCAGGGCCCCCAGCCUGGCCCCCUCCCUGCCAGACGCCGACUCAGACGAGCUCUCACAGGGGAACUUCGAGGUGGGGUUUCGGCCUCAGAAGUCCACGCGAGCAGGGAGAGAGCAGCAGCCCGAGGACAGCCGGCCGGCCUGGGGAGCCUCGGACGCGGAGGCAGCGGCCCAGCUGGCCAGGCCUGGCCAGGGCAGCCCGGCGGUGUCCCCCGGACCAGCAGGGUUCCAGAGCUGCAACCCCGGCUGGUCCAGCGCCUUCUACGAGGCCGACUGCUUCGGGGCGGAUGUGCACAGCUACGUGAAGGCCCUGGGGCGGCAGGCGGCUGACGGGCACUCACAGCUGGACGCCCAGGCCCCGGAGCUGGAGCAGCAGCUCGUGAUAGAGCAGAGAAACUACCGAAAGACCCUCAAGUUCUACCAGAAGCUCCUGCAGAAGGAAAAGCGCAACAAAGGUUCGGAGGUCAAGACCAUGCUGUGCAAGCUGAGGGGACAGCUGGAGGAGACAAAGUCCAGGGUGCAGUUCCUGGGCCUGGUCAAGAAGUACCUGCAGGUCCUGUACGCGGAGCGCUGGGGCCUGGAGCCCUGCGCCCUGCCGGUGAUCGUGAACAUCGCGGCGGCCCCCUGCGACACGCUGGACUUCAGCCCGCUGGACGAGUCCUCUUCGCUCAUCUUCUACAAUGUCAACAAGCACCCGGGCGGCAGCCGGCAGAGGAAGGCGCGUGUCCUGCAGGCGGGCACGCCGCUCGGGCUCAUGGCCUACCUGUACUCCAGCGAUGCCUUCCUGGAGGGCUACGUGCAGCAGUUCCUCUACACCUUCCGCUACUUCUGCACGCCACACGACUUCCUGCACUUCCUGCUGGACCGCAUGGGCAGCACGCUGUCCAGGGCCCACCAGGACCCCACCUCGACCUUCACCAAGAUCUACAAGCGGAGCCUCUGCGUCCUGCAGGCCUGGGUGGAGGACUGCUACGCCGUGGACUUCAGCAGGAACUCGGGGCUGCUGGGCCGGCUGGAAGACUUCCUCUCCUCCAAGAUCCUGCCUCUGGACGGCUCUGCCCAGCACCUGCUGGGCCUCCUGGAGGUGCGCACGGACAGGCGGGCCGAAGGCGCCCCUCGAGGCGCAGACCUGGAGGACCCCAAAGAGGCUGAGGAGGACGCCAGACCCUUCAACGCCUUCUGUAAGAGGCUCUCAGAGGACGGCAUCUCCCGGAAGAGCUUCCCCUGGAGGCUGCCCCGGGGCAACGGGCUGGUGCUGCCCCAGCACAAGGAGCGCCCGUACACCAUCGCCGCCGCCCUGCCCAAGCCCUGCUUCCUCGAGGACUUCUACGGCCCCUGCGCCAAGACCAGCGAGAAGGGGCCGUACUUCCUGACCGAGUACAGCACACACCAGCUCUUCACUCAGCUGACGCUGCUGCAGCAGGAAUUGUUUCAAAAGUGCCACCCCGUCCACUUCCUGAACUCACGGGCCCUGGGAGUCAUGGACAAAAGCACAGCCUUCCCCAAGUCCAGCUCUUCCGAGUCUCUGUCGGCCAAAACCUGCAGCUUAUUUCUGCCCAAUUACGUCCAGGACAAGUACCUGUUACAGCUUUUAAGAAAUGCCGAUGAUGUCAGCACCUGGGUGGCUGCCGAAAUCGUGACCAGCCACACCUCCAAGUUGCAGGUGAACUUGCUGUCCAAAUUUUUGCUGAUUGCGAAAUCUUGCUACGAGCAGAGGAACUUUGCGACGGCCAUGCAGAUCCUGGGUGGGCUGGAGCACCUGGCCGUGAGGCAGUCCCCUGCCUGGAGAAUUCUUCCUGCAAAGAUGGCAGAGAUCCUGGAGGAGCUGAAAGCCGUGGAGGUCUUCCUGAAGAGCGACAGCCUGUGUCUGAUGGAGGGGCGGCGCUUCCGGGCCCAGCCCACCCUGCCCUCAGCCCACCUCCUGGCCAUGCACAUCCAGCAGCUGGAGACAGGGGGCUUCACCAUGACCAACGGGGCCCACAGGUGGGGCAAGCUCAGAAACAUAGCCAAGGUGGUGAGCCAGGUGCACGCCUUCCAGGAAAACCCCUACACCUUCAGCCCCGACCCCAAGCUCCAGUCGUACCUCAAGCAAAGGAUCGCGCGUUUCAGCGGAGCCGACAUUUCCACCUUAGCCGCAGACAGCAGGGCCAACUUCCACCAGGUCACCACCGAGAAACACUCGCGGAAGAUCCAGGACAAGCUGCGGAGGAUGAAAGCCACGUUCCAGUAACCAAACUGGGGUCUGGGUGUGAAAUGCCAGACACGCGGGCCUGCCAGGAGGCGGCUGGAAGCAGAGGGCGCCCAGGGCCUGCGGAGCCGGGUCGGGCUGCGGUGUUUGUUAGUGAGGCUGCCCCAGCCCGGGGACCCGCAGGUGGGGGCUCCGCGGUGGGGCGGGCGGUCUCCUCCCAGGAGAGGGAGCCAGGGCGGGCACCAGAGCCUUGGGGGCUCGCGUGUUUCUGCUAGAAUCAAAAAAUUAACUUUAAAAAUGAAAAUAGAGAAAGUAGACUCCCCAAGAAUGUUGUAUUGUCUGUGCCUCUCAUAGUGACCCCUUCAAAAAACCAGCGCCGCCCCGCUCAGCAGACGCCAAAUGCACCUGCUCGCUGAGAAGCCGCUUUCCGGGUCUGGCCAGUCUGCUCAGCGAGGAGGCUCCGGGGGCUCGAAACCUUCCGCCUGUGCCCCUCCGUGGGUUCACACCCCACUUGCACUGCGCUGACCCCUGGGGGCUCGCCUAGGGGCGGAGAGUGGCCUCCCCAGCCCAGCCUCCUGCUGCGGUGAGGGCCUUGGGCCGGGCCCCUGCCUUCGUGGAACCGCUCUAGGUGACGCGGGUCCCUGCAGAGGCCGCAGAACAGGAAUCAGCUCCAAGCCAGAGGUGCCACCCAUCCACCUCCAGCACCCGCGCUCCAACCCCGGCGCCCACCGCGCCCGCGCACUCGGCGUCACGCAUCACUCAUGCUUCCCCAGACCAAGGCCAGGCGGCCGCGCACUGGUAGCACCAAGCCCCUCCCCAAGGCUCAGCCUCCAAAUAGCUGGUGUCGCGCUCUCGCUGGGGGUGGAGGGAGCCCCUCCGCCAGGGACGGCCUGUGAACAGGGCGGGGGCAGCCGGUGCCCGCACUGGGCUCCCGGGCAGGGACAAGCCCAGAGCCAGUCCCAGGCUCCGACCCUCACAGUGCAAAUUACCACAAGACCCAGGAUUUCUGAGUUUCAGAAUUAGUGAUUCUUUAGACCAACCAGCUGGUGGUGUUUCUAGGAAAACUCUUGUGACAAAACGCUUACUUUUUAAUGUCAAGAUGUAUUUUCCCACAUAUACUCAUCGGAGACAUCCAGGCCCCACUUGAAUGGAAUGUAGGAGGGACAGCAUCCUGACCGUGCAAAGCAAUCAUUUUUUUAGGCUUUUAUGUGAGGAUUAUGUUCUGCUGAUCAACCGCCACAUAUUCAGAUUUUGUAUCUAGCAAAGACAGUAGCCAGCGCGUGUCAGCUUUGCAGUUGUCAUGAAUCGUUUUCGUGGGGAAGUGACCAGGCUUUGGCUUCAGCACAACCAUUUGCAUGUCUCCCAGUGUCACACGGUACCAAUUUCUAAAUAAAAUCAUUUCUACCAA